CACCUGAAGGCAACGGGGAAGGCGCGUUCCACGGACCUCUCGUGUAUCUGACAGUUGCACAUAGCGGAACGUUUAUCGCAUCCAGGCUCAGACAAACGGCAGGAGCCCUCCGGUUCUUUAUAUCCGAUACGGUUCAACUGAAAACGGAAUUUCUUAUUUUAAAACGACUCAAGUUGUUGUCAUAUUUUUCUACCGUUUGCAAAUGCUUCAAGGGUUCACCUUUGAGUGCCGCUCUGCCAUAAUGUACGGGUUAGCUCGCUAACGUUAGCCGGGAGCUAGCAUCCACAGUUCGGAGAAAGUAACGGAGUACGCGUUUCUUCGGCUACUUCGGAGUCGUCAGAGGGAAUUAAAACAUGGAGAAAAUGAAAGAGCUAUGCCACUGCCUCCAGGAUCCUCACCUUGUCGCCCGCUUUCAGAACAUUUGCGGGGUACGGGGCACGUUUACGACCACCAGCAGCAGCAAGGUAGCGGACCGGGCUCACUCGCACAACAACGGCGCUUGUCAUCAUCGCGUCGCCGGAGAAAACUUGUCCAAUGUAGGAGCUGGGGAAGGAGAGAAAAUGCAAACGUCGUCAGCGAAGCUUCGGAGAAGGAUUGCGGACUCUAACGUUGCUAAUAAUUGUAAAGAUGAAGGUGAAACCCCGUCACAGAACGGGACAGCGGUGUCUGCGGCGACCGCCGGGGGAGAGAGGGUUGGUGUGGGCAGCAGCCUCGCGGGACCGGGCGUCCGCAGCGGGUCCGCGCAAGAUUUAUCCCGGGCAGCCAAUUGUGAGGAGAGCCAGGUCGGAGGAGUCUUGGGUCCCCCAGGAAGCAGCAAGGUAAAGCCACUCCGCAAGAAUUCUCUAACAGGCGACGGCGGGCAGGAGUUCCUGAUCGACAACCGCUUCUUGUACUAUCUCUUCACUUUCGGAACCGAGCUGGGAAACGAGACUUUCUACAUCACUUUCUUCCCAUUCAUAACGUGGAACGUGGAAGCCUUCGUCAGCAGGCGACUGAUCAUGGUGUGGGUCUGGGUCAUGUACCUGGGACAGUGUACCAAGGAUGUGCUCGGCUGGUCCCGACCGGCCUCACCGCCUGUGGUCAAAGUGGAGGUGUUUUACAACUCCGAGUACAGCAUGCCGUCCACGCACGCCAUGUCCGGCACAGCCAUCCCCUUCGCCCUGUACUUCAUGACCUACGGCCGUUGGGAGUACCCGUCCACACUGGGAUUCAUCUUGGCUCUCUGCUGGUGUCUGCUGGUUUGUUCCAGCCGAAUCUACAUGGGAAUGCAUUCGGUGCUGGACGUCAUCGCUGGGUUUCUGUACAGCAUCCUCAUCCUGUGCUUCUUCCUGCCGAUACUGGACCUGAUCGAUGGCUUCAAUUUGACCUGCCGCUACGCUCCAAUCGUCAUCAUCUCCCUCCACCUGGGCCUGGGCCUCUUCUCCUUCACCCUGGACACCUGGAGCACCUCUCGUGGUGACACCGCUCAGAUCCUGGGCACUGGUGCCGGCAUUGCCUUGGCUUCCCAUGUCAACUACCACCUGGGCCUGAUGCCCGACUUGACACCAGACCAGCUUCCCCUCAGCAUGCCCGCACUUAGCCCCAGCCUGGUGGGUGUUGUAAUGUUGCGGCUCGUUGUGGGAGUGCUGGUGCUGUUGGCCACACGGGCGCUGAUGAAGGCCAUCACCAUCCCACUGGUGUGCAGAGCGUUCAGAGUGCCCACUGAUGACCUGAGGAAGGCCCGGCAGCACAUGGAGGUGGAGCUGCCUUACCGCUACAUCGUCUACGGGACAGUGGGCUUCAACGUGAUCUUCCUGGUCCCGCUGCUCUUCAGCUACAUGCAGCUCUCCUGAUUGGAUGUUACUUGACUGUGUGGCCAGUCAAAGUGAAGUAAAAACCUAAAUGCUGUCAUCAGAUCAGUUUUGCUGCUUGUUUUCAUCCACAGCCUAAUCCCUAGCUGGAGGUUUCUGGGUUUGGGACUGAUGAAGGUACAUUAAAGCCUAAUUGCUGAUCUGGAUGCAGAGUUUUUAUCAGAUUUUUUGUUUUUGUUGUCUCAGGUUACUUUUAAAGACGGGUGAAUCCUGAGCAAUGGAAAAUGGGCUUAGACUGUUAACAGUUCACUAGCGAUAUCUCUUUGUUCUUUAGAUUUAUUUAAGAGUAAAAUCCAGUCAGAUAAUGCUUUGAAACUCUCAGAGCUGGAAAGUCACUCCUCAAAUUCAAAAAAGCAUUUCAACAGUGGCCUCUAGAAGACUAAAAAUGCAGGUCAUGACCACUAAUAGAUGAUGUGUUAGUAUUUGCAUUGUUAUGGCUGAUGUUGUUAUGAAGAGCUCAGGCAAAGAACCACAGAAGUAUUUUUUUGAGGAAAACUUAAAUUAUUCCAACAACUCAAGUGAAUAAUAAAUCUUCAAACGCCUGACAGAAAAUGUUGAAAAUAAAAAGACUUAGUAAGUCUCACUAACAGUCUGAAAGCCAAAGAUAUCCAGGCACAUGAUUGAAUAAAUAAAUAAAAUAGAAAGUCUUCUUUUAGUCGGAUGUCCAGAUGGAUCAAUGGCAGAAUGAGUUUGGGUUGUAAAUUAAGUGCUUAGUUUAACUAGUUUAAAGAAUGUUGUAGUUUGAGUUCAGUGUCACUGUUGAAACUUUGUGUGGUUCUUUGUCUAGUAGCCUCUUAAUGUUUCUGUUUGAUUAUACUCUCCUUUGUCUCAAUUCUUAAAGCAAUAAGAGACCUUUCAUUUUAUGAUUCCUGUGUUCCUCUACUGGAUCGGAGGAACAUUUAGUCUUUAACCUCUGAACCCCCUGCCUGUGGAGAGGAAACCAGUUUGAUUAAAGUUUUUGAUUUGUUG